CCUCGACUAGCUGAGCUAUGGAUUUGACAUCACGCUUGCCUCUUGCCGGCGCUGCUGUGCGCUUGAAUGCUCGAUUGUUAUGUGGCUUGCACACUUCUCGAGCUCCAUGCAGGGCUCACUGUCGACGCUCCUGCCAGCUAGUAUACGCAACCGGUGGAACCACUGCAACAACUGGCGUCCAGAGCGCGUUACAUACAUCAACUCUACCCGCCACGUAUAAGCGAUUGGUCGCUAAGACAUGCGGUUCUAGCUUUCGCGAGGUCGCAACCGUGCAAGAGGUGCCGCUACUUCUACCGGGGCCAGGAGAGGUCCUCAUCCGCGUCACACAUGCGGGCAUCAACGGAGGUUGUGAGACCUUCCGGGCCCGCGGAGAAUUCGCCUUUGAGUCCAACCGACAGCUGCAGGGCUUUCCGCUGGGUGCCGAGGGUGCGGGUGUGGUGGUGGCGUUGGGUCCCGGAGUGGGGGGCAGCAGGAGGGCAGGGGCAGGGGCAGCAGCAGGGGCAGCAGCAGGGGCGGCAGUGAAGGGUAUUGGAGCAGGAAGAGGCAGUGGAGGCGGAGGAGGAGACGGAGGAGGAGGUCUGGAGGUAGGCCAAGGGGUCGCCUUCAACGGUGCCGCCGCGUUCGCCGAGUACGUCACCGCGCGAGCAGCGCUGGUGGUGCCGCUGCCGCCGCCCUCGCUGUCACCACUUUCGCCGCUGUCGCCGCCGCCACAGCAGUCACAGCGGCAGUGCCCCCCACAGCAGCAGCAGCAGGAGGCGGCCCCCGAGCAAGCCCUCCCGAGUCAUCCCCACCAGCAGCAAUCCCCGCAGCAGCAAACCCAGCAGCAGCAACCCCAGAACCAGAACCAGCACCAGCACCAGCAGCAGCAGGGGCCGCCAGGGGUGCUGGGCGGUGCGGAGGCGGCUGCAUUGGUGUUGUCGGGGGUGACGGCGUGUGUGGCGCUGGAUGCCACCGCCCGUAUCCGCCCCGGCGAGGUGGUGGUGGUGACGGCUGCUGCGGGCGGCAC